AUGCCUCAUAAGGUGUCUGAUGUGCCUGAAGUUGCCCUUUUCGGCAAGCAAUCUCAUUCAGCAACCAAACGGACAACGACACGAAAAGAUCGAGAUCGUAGCCCGGUUGGAAAGAUUGAGGAAGACUUGGAUAGAGAGCAACAGGCAUUCGUUGCUGCCAAGAAAGCGGAGGAAGACUUGGAUCGAGAGCAACGGGCAUUCGUUGCAGCACAAAAAUCUUCACAGGAGCGUGUCUCGUCUCCACCAUUGAUGACGCAAAAGACGAAACAGCUUGAUGAAGAUCCUAGUAAAAAUGCUGCUGUGCUGCUUGGUAAAAAUUUCGAAAUUAGCACACCACGACCUGCACGCGGAAGCACAGCACCUCCAUGGGCAGUCGCAUCACAAGUUGUCCAGCGCAAGGUCGAAGAACGAAAAUCCAAGGAAGAGGGCAGCUUAGCGAGUCUGGUUAUGGCAGCAAUGAAGGCACGGAAGAGUAGCAGGUCUGGCACCAC